AUGGCCAGACGAAUUUGGUCCACUGUGAACUUAUCUACGCAAAGAUGCUACAGUUCGUUAAAGUCAACGGCAACACCCAGAGCAGUUACACCGUCCGUUGCCCGUGCUAUUGCGUUGAGCCUGGCCGGUAGCAUUGCAGGUGCGGGUGCCUACGAUGGUGCCAUAAACGAGUUUGAAAACGUCCAAGGCGCCCAGCGAUUUCUUCGGUCAUUCUGGAUUGGACUCAGCAUAUCCGUCGAUUACGCUUGGAGCUUAAAAGGCCUCGAAGAAGGCGAUGGGCAGUAUGAAGCUAUUUUGCCGGAAAUCCAUCGCCGUUCCGCGAAGAAACUGUUGAACGGUUGCUUAGCGAAUGGCGGGUUAUACAUCAAAAUUGGACAGGGUGUUGCCGCCCUUAAUCACAUCAUACCGAAGGAGUAUGUCGAUACACUGCGCCAGCUAGAGGAUCGCUGUCUCACCCGCCAGCCCGAUGAAGUGCGAUCGCUAUUUAUCAAAGAUUUUGGCGCCCCACCGGAAGAAAUCUUUGCCAACUUUCAGUACGAAGCGAUCGCGGCGGCUAGCUUGGCGCAGGUUUUCCGUGCCGUUACCAAGUCCGGUGAGAAGGUGGCGGUAAAAGUACAAUACGCUGACUUACAAAAACGAUUCGAUGGCGAUCUUCGAACAAUUAUGUUUCUUCAACGGCUUGUCGCGAUGAUGCACAAAAAUUACAAUUUUGGAUGGAUCAUUGAUGACCUGCAGGGAACCCUGCGUGAAGAACUCGAUUUCGUGCACGAAGGUCAAAACUCGGAACGAUGUGCGAAGGAUCUCGAGCGUUUCGAUUUCGUGUACGUACCCAAAGUAAUGUGGAGCUUAACAAACAAACGUAUCCUGACGACUGAAUUCAUCGACGGAUGUAAAAUAAGCGACCGACAAUCCCUGAAAGCUAUGCAGAUUGAUCUCACCGAAAUUGAUCGGCAACUGUUUACCGCCUUUGGACAACAAAUUUUUUCUACAGGAUUCGUUCACGCCGAUCCUCACCCGGGCAAUGUGUUCGUGCGAAGAGACCCCUCCAGACCUAAACGAAUACAGCUGGUUCUACUAGACCACGGAUUGUACGAGCAACUGGCACCGGAUGUGCGCGAAAAUUUGUGCCGAUUUUGGGAAUCGAUCGUUCUCCGCGAUCACGCUGCUAUGGAGCUCCAUUCCAAGGCAUUGAAUGUGUCCGAUUAUCGUACCUUUGCUGAAAUACUGUUGCAACGGCCGCUAGAGCUUAAGGGGAAAAUUUCUACGCGCCUUACCGAGCAGGAUCUCGCCUAUAUGUCGAAACAGGCAAAGAAACACUUUGAUCGUAUCAUGAACACGUUGCGAUCCAUGCCACGAAACUUGAUUUUAGUGCUUCGCAAUUUGAAUACUAUUCGCUAUAUUGCAAGGGACCAUGGUGAUCCUGUCGAUCGACCCAGGAUACUGGCCCGUUGCGCUCUAGCCGCACUCUGUCCAACCAGACGCGAUGUGCGCAACUUUCUAUGGGUCACCUUUCGCAAGUUGCGCUUCGAGUUUUUGCUGUGGAGACAAUCAUUCCAUUACUGGAUCGUAAGCAAUUAUCUCAAGCUACUGACGAGAAUUGGCCGAUCGCCAGACACCUCACACCUGAUGAAUAUGCAUAUAGAUGUCUGAGCGCAAAUUAGCGAUCGAUCUAUCGAGUCAUCGACACGACGUAUUAAUAGGAAAACACGGAAAAUAGUGAACUCUGUUCCUUUAAUCUUAAUGAAUCGUAGAACUGCUUCGGUGAUAUAAAACCUGCGUAUGCCAA